AUGGACGACGCGCGUCACUCACUGACGCACAACUUUCUGAACGACCGCGCGUCGAUGCGUUUCUGCGGCGUUCCCUUGCUCCGCCCGGACGCCUCGACGCGAGCGAACGCGCGAACGCUUCGCGAUGAUCCCAACGCCGCGCUCGAGCGAAAAAUUACGGUGAAUUCCAUGCUCGUCGUCGCGAACGGGGCGAAAGAUGGGAAGGAUUGCGACGAGGUGAAACGCAUGGCAUCCGCGCGAGGCAUCGCGUGUUCGGUCGUCAAGACCACGGGCGUGGGACACUGCGUCGAGAUCGUUCGCGAUGCGGACUUGAGCGGCGUGGACGUCGUCGGCGUCGUGGGGGGGGACGGAACGUUCCGUGAGGCGGUGCAGGGAUGGAUCGAGCGGGCGAGCGACGGCGAGACGGUUACGGAGGAGACGGCGCUGUUGGCUUUCCCGUGCGGGACGGGGAAUAAUUACGCGAGAGACUUAGGAGUGAAGACGAUCGAGGACGCGUUCGGGAAGGUGGACGCGGGGAAGUGUCGUAAGGUGGACGCGGUGAAGGUACGAGACGGCGACGGCGCCGAACACGUCUCCGUCAACGUCGUCACCUGGGGCAUGGCGCGAGACGCCGCGGAGACCGCGGAGGGAAUGCGAUGGAUGGGACCGCUUCGAUACGACGUCGCUGGAUUAUGGCACAUCUUGCUCAACAAGCAAAACAAGGGCACCAUCGGUGUGAGCGAAUCUUUUGAGGGAGAAAUCGCGAGCGAGACGAACGAUUACUUGAUGCUGUUCGCCCAAAACACUCGCUGCAGCGGUCGCGCGUUCGCCUUCACCCCCCUCGCCGAGCUCGACGAUGGUUUUUUCGACGUCGUCGUCUGCGACAAGGGUUCGAUGCUUCGCACGAAGAGUCUCUUCGACGCCACCAAAUCCGGAGGCGGCCACGUCGAGGACGCGGGCGUGAAAUACGUGCGCGCCAAGCGUCUCUCUCUGAGCACCGAGUCCCCGGGCGAGCGCGUGGGCAUUGACGGUGAGCUCACCGUCCCGACCCCGAUCCACUUGACCGUCUUACCGGGUGCUUUCACCACCUUAGUCUAA